AUGGGAAUAUACAUAUUUGUGACUCUUGGAUCGUUAGUACUAUUUGUGAGUCGUGAGUUUGGACCCGAAGGUGAAGGAGCUUAUAAAGUACUGGUGUUUCUUGUUUGUAUAUCGAUACCUUCCUUUAUUGCAUACGUUUACAUCACUAUUGUUUGGAAUAUUGCUAUGGUAAUUUCGGUGCUGGAAAAGGAUUACUGGGUAAAAGCGCUAGUAAGGAGUAUGAAACUGAUUAAGGGAAAGAUAUGGGUUUCAUCCGCAAUCUUCGUUGCGCUGGAAACCAUUUUCACAGGUUUAAUGAUCGCAUUCUCUUUACUGGUGCUUGAUGGGAAGAUACUAAAUUUGGUGGUAUGCACCAUCCUGUAUCUCGGAUUGUUAUACUGGUUUGUGGCAACUUUUGAUGGGCCAGAUUAUAAAGCAUUUUCUAUUAUCAUUGCUUUUACAACUCCUUACUUGAGUGUGUUUGUUUACACGGCUAUUGUUUGGAAUAUGGCUAUGGUAAUAUCAGUACUGGAAAAAGAUUAUGGUAUAAAAGCGUUAGUAGAAAGUAUGAAAUUGAUUUACGGCAAGAUAUGGGUUUCUUCUGCUGUCUUUGUGGUGCUUGAAAUCAUUUUUGCGGGUACAAUUAUCGCGUUCUCUUUACUGGUGCUCAACAGAAACAUAUUGAAUUUGGUGGGUAAUAUAUUUGUAGGAAUUGCUUGUUAUUUGCUCCUGCCUGUUUUGUUUCAUUUUUCUCUUGUACUCCAAGCAAUUACCUAUUUUGUCUGCAAAGCUUACCAUAAUGAGGACAUAUCAAACAUUGCUGCUCACCUAGACAUUUCUUAUGUCACUUUGGGCAGGAGAAAUGAGGAAGUUUAG